AUGAUAUCAUCUACCAAGAAACAAGAUUGGGACGAUCCGCUUCCAGAGUCUCUUCGACAUGAAUGGGAAUCGUGGGUGAAGUUUUUAACCCAUUUGGAGGACUUUCGUGUUCCACGAAAAUACAGCCAAGUUUCAUUUUCCAAUGCUACAGGUCGUGAAGUGCACAUAUUCUCAGAUGCAUCCAAAGAUGCUAUCGGAUCUGUCGCCUACCUCAAAUUGUACAGUGAGGACUCUGUGGACGUUAGUUUUCUCCUCGCCAAAAGCAAGGUAGCACCAGUAAGUGGACACACUAUACCUCGUCUCGAACUUUGUGGCGCGGUUUUAUCUGUAGAACUUGCUGACAUCAUACAGGAGCAGCUCGGAUUAGACUCGGAUUCUUACUACACCGAUAGCCAAGUCGUGCUUGGAUACAUCACAAAUGAGACCCGCAGGUUUUAUGUAUACGUUGGGAAUAGAGUCAGUCGCAUUCGCAGGACGAGCCGUCCCAGUCAAUGGAACUAUGUUACUUCUGAUCAAAAUCCUGCCGACAUUGCCACUCGUUCUGUUGACGCUGCAAACCUAUACAAAAAUAGAUGGAUUAAAGGCCCAGAGUUCCUUAUGUCAGAGUCGCGGGAAUUUGUUCCGUACCCUAUGAUUGACCCAGAUUUAGACAAAGAGGUUUUGCCCGAGUUACAAACUUGCAAGACCGAGGUGACUGGAAACAGCAAAUCAGCACUUGUUGCCAAGUUCAACAAGUUUUCUGACUGGGGAUGUCUUGUUCGUGCCAUAGCAUACUUAAAGAACUUUGCUAGGCGUUGUCACUUGCCUGAUGAUUCUGGAUCGCUAGGCAGCCGUUCAGAUCCAAGUUUUCUGGAGGAGACAAAACAGUACAUUAUAAAAACUGUUCAGCAGGACGUUUACAGUGCCGAGAUAAAUGCCAUUCAGGAAGGAAAACACCCACCUGCAGAUAACAGUCUGCUACCUUUGGCACCUAUCUUAAACUCUGAUGGACUAUUAAAGUUUGUCAUCAAGGACGACAUUUCACGGAAGGUUCGGUACGUUCAGCAGGGUUUUGGAUAG